CACAUGCCAUUUUUGGACUAGACAACUUCCGAUUCAAUGACGACUGCUGUUACGCUACUAUCAAAAUAGGGAACAUGACGGAGGAAAUCUAACUAUUGGUGCACUGAAAAUCCCCAUAAAUGCUGCGAUAGUAUAUCAGGGUUCAGUGUGUGCGUCAGGUGUGGAUGGAGUCAGUAACAUCAGAGCACCCAGCAUAGUAAUCACAGACAGGACAAUCCGAAGAAGUCCGUGUUCAGACCAACAGCCUGCACAUCGGCAGGCAGGGGGAGAAUGGUCAAGUACUUCUCUAACGAUGUAGACAUCAGGACCACGUGGGACCAUGUUGUCUCUGCCUUCUGGCAGAGGUAUCCCAACCCAUUCAGCACCCAUGUUCUCACAGAGGACGUGGUUCUCCGUGAGGUGACGGCGGACCAGCGGCUUCUCUCCAGACGCCUGCUCACCAAGACCAAUCGAAUGCCUCGCUGGGCCGAGUUCCUCUUCCCCUCCAACCUAUCACGCUCCGUCUACAUCGUAGAGGACUCCGUCGUCGACCCGGUCACCAAGAGCCUCACCACGUACACCUGGAACCUCAAUCACACUACGUUAAUGGAGUUUGGCUUGGCCCGCUUCAAGAGCAACCAGGUGAAGGCCAUGAAGGGCCUGGAGUACGCUCUGUCUAACUUACACGGAGAGGCACCCCAGCGCCAGCCCUGCGUCCGGGACACAGUGAAGACUGCUACAGAGAAAGCCAAGACCCUGGCCUCGGCCGCCGCCCCGCAGAAACAGCCCCAGCAGUACGUGUGACAACAGGGGAACAUCCACUGCCACCGGCUGGAACGGGACACUGUGCACGCAGUGGCAGGCACAAGCAACACAUUCACAUGCAACACACAGGCUGGCCAAUUCUGAUCUUUUUAAGAGCUGAUCUGAUUGGUCAAAAGACCAUUUUGUAAGGAAAAACACAUCAGAAUUGAGCUGUGCAUGCACACUCUUUUAGCUGCCUUUUCAUUGACUGGAAGCUUGCUUGUAUCAAGGUCUCGGUGUACAGUAUGUGUACAAUAUGUCCAUCUAAACCACUAAAAGCUCUGCUCCUCUGGGGUUAGGCUCUGCUCCUCUGGGGUUAGGCUCUGCUCCUCUGGGGUUAGGCUCUGCUCCUCUGGGGUUAGGCUCUGCUCCUCUGGGGUUAGGCUCUGCUCCUCUUAUUUUCAUUAGCAUAGCAUUAAUACGUCUCAGGUACUGAGCCCCUGUCUGUCUGCCUGCCACAACCUAGGGACAUGUUCAAUAGGCCCCAAAUGCGAGAAAAUGUUCUCAAACCGAGUGAAACCGAGAUAAAAGUAUGUGGACAGCCCUUCAAAUGAUUGGAUUUGGCUAUUUCAGCCACCCAUGUUGCUGACAGGUGUAUAAAACCAAGGACAGUCAUGCAAUCUCCAUAGACAAACAUUGGCCUUACUGUAGAGCUCAGUGAUUUAACGUGGCACCGUCAUAGGAUGCCACCCCUCCAUCAAGUCAGUUCGUCACAUUUCUGUCCUGGUCAACGAAGUGCUGUUAUUGUGAGGCGGAAACGUCUAGGAGCAACAACAAGCUCACAGAAUGGGACUUCCGAGUUCCAAACUGCCUCUGGAAGCAACGUAAGCGCAAUAAUUGUUCGUCGGGAGCUUCAUGAAAUGGGUUUCCAUGGUUGAGCAGGCGCACAAAAGCCUAAGAUCACCAUACGCAAUGCAAAGCAUCGGCUGGAGUGGUGUAAAGCUCGCUACCAUUGGACCAGCGGAAAUGCAGUCUUUGGAGUGAUGAAUCACGCUUCACGAUCUGUCAGUCUGACGGACUAAUCUGAGUUUGGCGGAUGCCAGGAGAACACUACCUGCCCCAAUGCAGAGUGCCAAAUGUAAAGUUUGGUGGAGGAAGAAUAAUGGUCUGUGGUGGUUUAUGGUUGGGGCCCCUUAUUUCCAGUGAAGGGAAAUCUUAACUCUACAGCAUGCAAUGACAUUCUAGACGAUUCUGUGCUUCCAACUUUGUGGCAACAGUUUGGGGAAGGCCCUUUCCUGUUUCAGCAUGAUGCCCCCGUGCACAAAGCCAGGUCCAUACAGAAACGGUCUGUCGAACUUGACUGGCCUGCACAGAGCCCUGACCUCAACCCCAUUGAACACCUUUGGGAUGAAUUGGAACGCCGACUGCAAGCCAGGCCUAAUUGCCCAACCUCACUGGCUGAAUGGAAGCAAGUCCCCGCAACAAUGUUCCAACAUCUAGUGGAAAGCCUUCCCAGAAGAGUGGAGGCUGUUGUAGCAGCAAAGGGGGGGACCAACUCCAUAUUAAUGCCCAUGAUUUUGGAUGAGCAGGUGUCCACAUACUUUUGGUCAUGUAGUGUACUUUCUGAACUUAUCCAAUAGAAACACUUUUCUGUUGCAAAAUGUUUUUAUACGGUGUGCCAUAAAGAACACGACCCUGACUUGAGUAAGCUCUGGGAUACAUCUCUUGUGCACUCAGUGAGGCCUGUUUUGAAAAGCAUAACGUGACAGAUCAGACAUGCCAAAUAACAGUGAAGGUACCAAGACAAGCUGAAGAAAUAAUGUAAACUCCACAACACUGGAUGCAUGCUGGAGUUUGAGAGUUUAUCAAAUAAUAUAAAUGAUUAGUAAUUAUUGUAUUACCCUUCAACUGCGUCGUUUGACUGAAUUUGUCAGUGAGGUCUACGAUUGAUUUGUUGGAUAUAUCAAGCUAUAUCAAAUUAGGAAUUUGACUUGACAUUUACCAGGGACAGUUGAUGUAUUUAAUUUGUUUUAUUGUACAUUAAUAAUGUAUUAGUCUGACAUUGGUUUGUCUGUCUGUCUUAAUGUUUUUGCUGCAUUCCUUUUAAGGUAGAACUAGCUAUUAGGAUUUUGAAAUCAUUUUGGCUGUGAUUUUAGACUGGAGGAAAUUGUCAUAUGUCUUAACAUUGAAAGAAUACUGUACUUAAAUAAACAUCUGAUUUAAUGUUAUUUGGGAUACAACUUUAUCAAUCUUAUUUCAUUUAGUUUUGGUUCAGGCAUUGUAAACUACUGCAUAUUAUUGUCAUGAAAUUGUGUAAUGUUCAAGGCCAUGGUUGUCAUAUUCUUAUGAACUAAGUCGCUGUGAUGCUAUUGCAGUAAUCUGACAACAGGGGGCCUGAAACAAGCCUGUAGAAGUUCAGCCAACUAUUUAAAGGGGCAGUGCAUUCAGGGAUUUAUAUAAGUUGGAAUAAUACUGUGAAAUGGUCCUUUUUAGCAUGAGAGCUGUUGGAAAAGACUGCCUGAACUUAUUGCAUUUUGCUAAGAAACUAUUCUUUCUUUGACGAUUUUAACUCUGGGUUUUAAUUGUUACCCAGAACUGAUUUGAUAUUGAGAUGAAAACGGCUGCAUUGGACCUUUUAUAUUACUGUUUGGCAAUUUUCUCCAUAAAUCACUUCACCUUCCUGUGUUUAUCAUUCUCUCCAGUCUCCACCAGACUAGAGGUUAUUUUACAUAAAUCACUUCACCUUCCUGUGUUUAUCAUUCUCUCCAGUCUCCACCAGACUAGAGGUUAUUUUACAUAAAUCACUUCACCUUCCUGUGUUUAUCAUUCUCUCCAGUCUCCACCAGACUAGAGGUUAUUUUACAUAAAUCACUUCACUGUCCUGUGUUUAUCAUUCUCUCCAGUCUCCACCAGACUAGAGGUUAUUUUACAUAAAUCACUUCACCGUCCUGUGUUUAUCAUUCUCUCCAGUCUCCACCAGACUAGAGGUUAUUUUACAUAAUAUAUCGCUUCACCUUCCUGUGUUAUUGCAUUGUAAUAGGAUCAUUUGAAAUCCCAUUGAAUCAAGUACUUACAACAGCCUGGACAAGCCUUCCUCAACCCAAUCCUCGUUGCACCCCAGUCGUUCCAUAAUGAUGGUGUAACACCAGCACACCUGAUUCAAAUUAACAGCAGAUUAGUUGACUACUUUCAGGUGUGCGGCUGUUAGAACUACAUCAAAUCUUUUUAACGGCUGGCCUAGACCACAGGUGGUUGGUGGACCCUUCAUUUGGGAGGAGGGGGCUCGUGGUAAUGGGCUGGAACGGAACAGGUGGAAUGGUAGCAAAUACAUGUUUGAUGCCAUUCCAUUCGCUCUGUUCCACCCCUUAUGAGCCGUCCUCCCCUCAGCAGCCUCCAUUGGCCUGGACGGUAGCUAGACCUUCUCAGAACCACUAUAAAUAUUAAAACACAAAUAUAUUUAAAUCAUGCAAAUAAGGAGGCUGCGACAACCUUGUGUAAAAAACAUUUUUUUAAUUAUAUUACAAUUAAAGAAUACACCGUAAUACCUUCAAGUGUGUGCCAAAAUGUUAUCCAGCACCAGGUAAACUCAUGUAUCCAUACAUAGGAAUUUAUAUAAUAUAGCACAUCUUUUGAAAGCAUAUUACAACAUCUGCUAUUAAAGGAACAUAUUCACAGGUCUCUGGCACAGAACUCUCCCUACUCAGUGUUUUGCCUGACUACGAUGCCAAGCUCCCUCAGCCCCCUUCAUCCUCUCCCUCCCUCUGAACCUAAUCUCAACCAGCCCCCCCCCCCUCUGGCCAAAGUUCCGAGGCCCCUAAACUGUCUAUCAACGAGACACACAACACCCUCGGGAUUAAGAGUUCUCUCAUGCCAACUCGACAACAAGACGACAACAAGAGAACGAUCGCAGAACUCAUAACAUAAAAGAGGAAAGAAAUCAUUCCUAUCUUCAGACGGUGCUCUAGCAAUGUCACACAGAAAGGACAGUAACGGGUUAGAGGGAUUAAGAAGAGAGACAAUGAUACACUUGGGACUAAAAUCUACAUUUCAUGUUGCUAUUAAAGCUGAUUUAAGAUGGGAUUCCAUAGGUGUCUGAUGACUGUCCGCAAGGGGGUGGAAAGAAAAUCAAAGUGACUAGUUAUUUGGCAGGAAUCGGGUUUUCGUUACGGCAUUAUUCGAUUGUUUGUUCAUAGCGCUGCACUUGGAAAGGACAGAGGACAGGAAUGGGUUCUAUUUGUAUCUGAAAGUAACUGUCAGACCUGAGCUCAAAUAGGAAGAUUUCAAAUACUUUGCUUGUUAAGUCUGCCUGCCAGCCAAAUGGGUGGGAUUUGCUCUUUUGGGCCCAUUCCAUUAAAAACAGGCAGACAGCCACAAUCAAACACAGAUAAAGUGUUUUCAGAGAUUUCACAAUACUAUGUGAACCCAGGUCUGAGUGUAUGUCCGUCUGUUGACUUUCCCCUUGCCUCUAUACAGGCUUCACUUGUUUGGUCUGAGCCUCAACCUUAUUUCACCCCAAUCUCUCCCUCCCACCCUCCUGCUGACUCCCUUGGCAGCAAUAGCCUUGCAGACAGACUCAAUCAUCAUUUUGCUGUGCUUUUGUGCUUUGAAAAGAAAAAUGAAACACACUUGGAUAAAUUUCAGAGACUAGAUGAUUUUUAAAGCAGGGAUCAACCACCUCUCGGCUUCGACAACAGUCAACACAUCUUGAUUGAUAAGUGUGUCAACCCCCCCCCCCCCGCUCUGACGUUUAAAGGAAGCUUGUUGGACAGCACCAUCGAUUACUUUUACAAUAAUGUUGUUUUUGCAUUGUGAAAGGGUUGAGAGUCGAGCACACAUCUUUCAACCGAUACUUUCCCCAGGCGUUUCCAAACUCAUUCACAAGUCAACACAUUUAGUGUUCAAUGCCUAUCGCCAAGUGAUUUGCUCGACAAUCUCUGUCACACUUUAAGUACAAUCUCUCUGGUUAAAAGAAAACAAAGUUAUUUUCAAGGCACAUCAUUGAAAGAAAUUCCAUAACCACUCUCCAGCAGUCUUAUUCCCUGAAACCUAGUGAGCGCAAGACUUUGAAAAGGCCACGUCUUUUCAACCAAAAAAGUCAUUUUCAACACAAAAUAUACAUUUUUCAACCAAAAAGACGUCUGCUUAACGUCUUUUCAACUUCUUUUGCUCCUGCAUUCAGUAUCUGAAUCAGUAUCCUCCUCUGCUAAUACACCUGCCCUCCAACCACUCACUCUUUCUGAACGUGCGCUAUGUGCAUUAUAAAAUGAUGUCGCUGAACAUGAGAAAUCUCAUACCUGGCCCACGUGUGUUUCCGUUUACUCAUUGCCUCACAUUAGCUGAUGGGAGGUUCUGUGCAAGAGAAUAUUUUGUUUUCAUUUGACAAGUUUUACUCAGUUGUUCAUUUCAAAAGCAAACUGAAAGAGUAGUACAUCUGUGCUCCUAACAGUCGUGUACAUAGGUCCUUGACAUGAAUGUAAACUCAAGAACUGAUCUUUCUCGGUUAGUUUCUUUUCGCCCUCCUUCAGUGUAUGGAGAGAGUUCAGAGGUAAAAUCCAUCAACAGAAAUGUUAACAUUGUUGGCCACAAAAUGAACCACAGAGUCGAAGCACAAAUCUGUCUUUUUCUUUUUUUUCAAAACCCAAGCCUGCCUACCAACCAACCGCCCACUUCCUCUUUAAAAAGCACAAGAUGGUCAUAUUGCUGUGUCUCGAGACGCCCCAUGACCACCAGGGUCACGGUAAAACUAUGGUAGUAGAGUAGAGUAGGGAAGGUGCCACCGGGAGGAGGGAGGGAGGAGAACACCACGAGCUGCCUUCAUUGAUUGGAUUUCUCCUCCCUUCUCCUCACCCAAAUGGUUUCCUGUUCAAAAACAAGUGCAUUUCAUAAACAGAGCUAAAACAAAAUGGCUGCCACAACAACAAAUUAAGCAGUUUAAACCCUUAAUCAGGUUGACUGAUUGAACCCCAAUAAUGACCAGCCAGGGCGAGUGAAUGGAAGCUGCCAUCGGGAGUUACCAGUAUGGUCAGUGUUGACUUUAAGCGGUGUGGCAGGCAGGCGUCAAGUGGGUAGGGCGUACCUGGCAACCGCACCAGGGGUACACCUUGAGGAGUACUCGAUGGAGGCAAAAGGGGCUAAAAUCAGUUCUUCACGUGCCCCUUCUUCACUCAAGGAGGAGACAGAUUUACCAUUUGGCUUGGGAUGGAAGGGGUUAAAACAAAGUGUUCAUCUACUCCGAAAAGGGGUGGAGCUGGGGGGCAAGGGGGUGGAGCUGGGGGAGUGUGUAGCAGGGUCAAGACCUGAGUAGGGAUGGAGGGAGGAGGAGGGAGGGGGGCACACGACAACAGUCACCAAGGCACAGAAUGACAUUGGGGAGAGAUCUAGAGAAGGGGGCAACCAGGUUCCUAGCUUCCCUGUUCUACACUCUCUCUACCUUCAACUAGCCUGGCCUUCUGUCUGUCUGCCUGUCAUAUAUUUAUAUAGAUAUACUCUUCUUUUUUGUCUUUUCGUUAAACGAGAACAUUUAGGAAAAUAGAAUA